UCAGAAAGGAUCCCACAAUAGACUCAGAAUUCAAGUAGUUGUACAAUCUAGGAGAAUUCUAAAAAUGUCAAGUAAAGAAUUGAAGAAUACAGUAGGAUUUCAUGGAUCUGAGAAGCCGAAAAAUAUGCAAAAGAGGGAAAAAUUGAAGAUAGAAAGGAAGUAUCUAACACAUUCGAUGAAAUUGGAGCAUUGGAAAAAAGCUAAAGGAUCUGUUUCGAAGAAACGCAAGCAUAGAACAAUCCAAAAAUGAGCAUCCGAAGAACCAAAAGAAUAGCAAAAUGUCAAAAGUCUGACGAACAAGAAACAGGCAAAAAGUAACUAAUGUCUACGCCCAUGGACUGUUAUAGUUCAAGUGCACUAUAGUAGUUCAUUCGUGUCAUCUAGAACUUAACCUAAAUUUGCACAAACAAAGAUGUCUAUAUCAUGACGUUUAAUUGGAAGAAUUUUAUAUAAAAGCAUACCUAAAAUGGCCCUAGUCCCGCUAACAGUCAAGGAAGAUGAUAUCAAGCCGCUGAUCACCACGGAAUACACCUCGGAAGAUGUGAAAAUAGAACCGCUUAAAACGGAGGAAGUGGACUUGAUGGAGGUCGAAAUACGAGUCGAACUAGUAUGCCAAGGAUGCUGGUAUCGUACCUUCGACAAGAAGGAGUUUAUGGCGCACAUACCGCUGUGUGAUCGGAAACGUUUCGUGUGCAAUGUUUGCGGUUUUAGGACGGCUUAUAGAUACCUUCUGACCAGACACAUGGCGCAACAUUUGGGCGAAAGGAACUUUAAAUGUGACCAGUGUGAUUAUACCGGGUUCACAGCCGCGAUCGUAAGAAGACACGCGGCGAAGCACUCGAAGGACGAAUUCUUCUGUGACAAUUGCCCGUAUGCGACGAAAUUGAAAGGCUCUUUGCGUAUACACAUGUUGAAGCACAUAGGUGGAAAAACUCGCAAGUGCACGGUGUGCAAUUAUAGUACGAAUAUCAAGCGAAACAUGCAAAUGCACAUGCUUCAACACACAAGACCAAAGGUCCACUGUAACCAGUGCGAUUAUAAGGGAUACUCCGAUUCUUUGAAGUUACACGUUCUUCGUGUGCACGAUCGUAUCAAACCGUUCGCGUGUGACAAGUGCCCGUUUAGGGCUUUCGAGCGGAAAAGUCUACGGCUUCAUCAGUCGACCCACUCGAACAAUUAUCUCUACUGCUUGAAGUGCAAGUAUAAAUCCACGAAUAAGAGAAAUUUGAAACGUCACUUACAAUUGCACACUCGAAACUUUAAGUGCCCCAGUUGUAAUUUUAGCACAGCCAGCGGGGUCACUUUUAGAUAUCACAAGUUGAGGCACCUAGCUCAAAGUUUUAAAUGUGAACAAUGUGAUUUCUCCACGUAUUUGCAAUCGGCACUAGUGGCUCACAAACGAAAGCAUGCCACUAAGAAAGUGCCCCAUAUGGCGAAGCAGAAGCCCCAACGUUUCAACUGUACGCUGUGCGGUUACACAACGCCUCUCAAGUACCAUUUAAGAGUCCAUUCGUUGCUGCAUCUUAAAAAAGUCUUAAAAUGUGAAGUGUGUGAUUAUAAGACUUACUAUCCGAAGUUACUUGAGAGUCACUCCAAGACAAGCAGCCAUGCUUUCAUAAAUCUGGGAAAGUCGAAAUGCGAACGGAGUAACGUUCCAACGCCACGUCGACGAGCACGGCGUGCCAACGUCGACUUAAAUUGUGAUCUUUGCGAUUAUGUGGCUACAUCGCGAGACGAACGCCUAUCGCACAACGAAUCUCACUUGGACGACGCGAAGCUGUACACGUGCAACAUCUGCGGUUACAAGGUCGAGUCUAAGCCGCCGCUGAAACAGCACAUGUUGGUUCAUCAGCUCGAGAGGAGGUACGCGUGCGACCGGUGCGAGUACGCCGGUAAGACGGAGAAGUACCUCAGGAUGCACAUGCUGGUCCACACCUGUCAAAAUUUGAAAUGUAUCGAGUGCGAUUUCGUCACGUCACAACCGAAGUAUCUCAACAGGCACAUGCAGAAGCAUUAUAAUAGCGAGGUACACAAAUGCGAUCGGUGCGACUACUCGUCCAAGUUCAGGGCAAAUUUGGGAGUGCACAUGAAGACUCAUUUGAAUGAGAAAAGGUUCGAAUGCGCUACGUGCGGCCACAAGUCGAAGACGAAAAAUCUGUUAGUCUUGCACGUACAGACUCACUUAAUUCAGGUAACGUACAACUGCAAACAGUGCCAUUAUCGAACGACCAAUGAAGAGAAAUUUAAAAAACAUCAGUUGAGAAAGCACGCCAGCGACGAACAACUUUCGUGCGAAAAGUGCGAUUAUAAGACCUUCCGCAAGGAUUACCUCAGAAAGCAUUACGAAAAGCACUCCGACGUACAGCAGGCAUGCGACCAGUGCAAUUAUAAAACAAACCAGCUGACAUUGCUUAAAGCGCACAAGCGUAAUGCGCACAAGUCUACCAAAAAAUACUUUUACUGCGCGGAUUGCGAUCAUAAAACUCCCCACAAGCAGGAGUUAAAAGGUCAUAUGGUCCAACACUUCAAGGGCAAGAUUCUGGAGUGUUCCCACUGCGACUUUUCCACCAAGCACCAGCACAGUCUCAAAACGCAUCUACUAAAACACGACAACACGACCCGAAUGUUCAACUGUCCAGAAUGCGACUACACCACCAUCUACCGGGGCAAUCUGAAGAAGCACGCGGUUAAACAUUCAGGUCAGAAGGACUACCAAUGCGAUCUGUGCCCGUACAAGGCGACUCAGAGCAGCUCGUUGGCGACUCACAAACGACUAAAGCACACCGAGGUAACUUACUUGGAAUGCACCGAGUGUACGUACAAGACCCCGUUGAAGGGGAAUCUAAAAAAGCACAUGUUCGUGCAUACGAGGGAGAGAAACUUCCCGUGCCCGCAUUGCGGGUAUAAAGCGACUCAGAGUAGUGCCUUAAAGACUCAUAUUAAAAUUAUGCAUCGUAGUUCGUAAGAUUUUUUUGUUAUCACUUUGAUCUUGGGCACGCGCCAAUUUGAAGGUCAUUUGGUUCCGUUUGUCGACGGAAAGGUGUCUUUGUCAAAAACAGGUCUGGCAAACGGAACCGAAUGACCUUCAAAUUGGGGCACGCGCAGAACCGAAUCAAACGACCUUGUAAUAUUUUAUGUACAUAUGUAAUUGUAAGUAUAUCAAUAGAUCUUUGUAUGAUUUGA